AUGGAAAACCUUCGAACUGUCAAUUUCAAGGCUUAUAUGGAUGCAAAUAAUUUGAAGAGUCGCAGAAGGAUGAUAAAAACCUCUAGUGCUACAAACCUCGACAAGAAUGAAUUUUCUGUUAAAAAUGCUGAAUAUCAUUCCAUUCGCUGUGAAAUUUGUUCUGAACCUUUUCACAUCAGAAAGCGAUUACCAAAGUUGCUACCUUGUGAACACAAUUUUUGUGAACAGUGCAUUUUCUCGCUUUGUUGCCAUCAACAGUAUUAUUUAUUAGACUCGAUUAACUGUCCCACGUGCCACACCGAAUUCAAUACCUCAACAGCUCUUGCUGCUACUACUAAUUAUGGUUUAUGUCAAUUAUUGGAGGCAAUACAAGUGCAACAAAUAGGGACUAGCAGUGAUGCCAAUAUAACUGUCAUCCAUGUCCCUGACAAUAAUUGUAUCAUGAGAAACAGGCUGUUUUACCACCAAAAAGAUGACGAUGAUUGCUUGCGUGUGGUAUGUCUGGAAUGCUGUGUAAAUAGACACAAUGGUCACAAAUUGGUAACUCUGAAUGAACUCGAACAUGAACACCAAAAACUGAUUGGAGAUUUGCGUACCUUACAACAAAGCAUUCAGAAAAUAAACAAAUGGAUAGAAGCCAGUUUAAAAGUGCUCAGUGAAGAUCCUGUGAUGUCUGCAAUAGACUUUACUGCAUUAUGCAAAGCGAAACAAAACCUUCGGAAUGAAUGUGAAGCUGAUAUGAAAUUUGCCCUGUCGGUUUUAGAAAACGGUGAUACAACUCCCUUACCGCCUACAGCUUUGCAGAGGAUGAGGCAGCACCAGUAUCACAAUAGCGCCAGAUUACAUAAAUUGUUACAUUUUAUCGAGAAAUGUAACCAAUCAAUCAAACAACGCUGUAAUCGAAGCAUUAAAGUGGACACUUCAACAUCCCAUUCGUCGCUAUUUUCUGUGGGCCAUCAAACGCGUAUCACUCUCUGCAAUAGUGCUUCCGAUGAUCGAUCAGCAGCAGAAGCAAUUGCAGCGAUAUUGGCAGUUGCCUUGAAUCGUAGAUCACGUAACGGAAGCAGAAACAGAAUGGCAGUUGUAGAAGAAGCCAUGAAAGUAAUGAGUAAGAAAAGCUCAACAAAAACCGUACGACGCGCAGCUCUUCUGUGUUGCGCGAAACAGCUGCGCGAAUUUAUCGACGAGAGCAUCAGUGCGCAAUCAAUACUUCUUUACAUCGAUGCAUAUUUGCAUAUAUUUUACCAGUUAAAUAAUCUGGUGACACGAUUUCCAUCCGAUGACGAUAGUGAAGACAUAGCAGUAGUAACACGGUGGGACAUUUGGAAACUGAUACAAGUGGUAUAUAGUGAUCUGAUGAGAUAUGCAGCCAAGUAUUGGGAAAGUGACGGAAGUGAACGAGUAGACUUGGUGGAUGACUUGGCUUUCCUCUGCUCACUUUACUCGGAUGUAAGCGAUGAAGCAACGAUCACUAUUUGCAUGAUUGAAGCAGCUCGUGCUCGAGCUGCUGUUGCAGCAGGAGCAGUAGCUAUCUCUGCUACCACUGUCAGUAACUCCUGCGAGAAAAUGAGCGGAAGUGAGGAUGAUCGACGAAUCACAAUGAAUAUUAGACUUAAUUUAAUCGAUGAACAUCUGCUGGAAUGUCGGCGAGUACAGAAGCUUCAACGGUUACGUGCAGCUACCGUUACAAGGCAUCAGAAAUGUGCUCGUCAACAGUCGCUGAAAGGACUAUGGAAACUUCUUUCUACGUGUUUUGACAGAUUUUCACAACAUCAGUGA